AUGGACGCUGAAUGUGGUGGCGGAGCUUGGAAGUGGAGGCCGGCAAAGACGGUGGCCGGAGUGAAGAUGCUGUUGGUAGGUGGUUACAAAGAUGGUGGUGGCUCGGAAAGGCAGAUGUGUGGUGAGAAUAUUCUGUUUGAUGAUAAAGUGACGAUCUUGGAGUUGCUGGAGAGUUCGGAAACGACACCGUCGAUCACGGGGAUGCAAAACAAUGACAACAACCGUACAAUUCGGAGGAGACCAGCCGCCGCCGUUGAGAAAAUACCGGAGUCUGAUUUUAAUGCGGUAAAUGAAGACUCGGAGAAUAUUGAUGAGAUCAUAAAUGGCUGUGGUGGUGUCGUGGAAUCGGAGGAGAGUGAAGAGUUGAUAAAUAACAAGGAGGUGGAUGAUAAAAAAAUCAAAGAGAAUGGAGAGAGUAGUAAAGGGAUGGAGGCAUCCGUCGUGAAAUUCUCUUACCGGCCAUCAGCACCAGCUCACUGGAGAAUUAAAGAGAGUCCUCUCAGCUCUGAUGCCAUCUUCAAACAGGUCUGCCUUGUGUUUGUUUUCUUCAACUACAUUCCUUUGUAUGCAGUGCAUAAAAGAGCAGCCAUGGAUGGUAGAGCUCAGCUGACAGAACCUUGA